GGGUGAUUGGCUUGCCGUCCGCCGUCCUCGCUCCUGAUUGGACGGAGAAGUGCGAGAAAGAGGAGGGUGAGAGGAGAGCGAGCGCGCGCGCGCGGACGCACCAGCAGCGCACCCGCUCCGGUCCCCCGCUGACUGUGCCGGCGCGUCUGCGGACUGAGAUGUGACUGUUUACCGGAGGAAUACAGCGUUUUCUGUGGGAUUUCUUUUCUCGUGGCAGCCGGAUGACGGGAGAGGAGAGGCGGGGAGUCGCUGCGGCCAUGCCGGCCGCCGCGCUGCUGCUCUGCGUGAUCGCCUCCGUGUGCGCAGUGGAAGAGACAGUGAUGGAUACAAGGACGGCGACGGCGGAGCUCGGCUGGAUAUCGUUCCCUGCCAACGGAUGGGAGGAGGUGAGCGGCUACGACGAGAACCUCAACACCAUCAGGACGUACCAGGUGUGCAACGUGUUCGAGCCCAGCCAGAACAACUGGCUCCUCACCACGUACAUCGACCGGCGGGCGGCUCAGCGCAUCUACGUGGAGAUCCGCUUCACCGUGCGUGACUGCGCCUCCAUCCCCAGCGUGCUGGGCUCCUGCAAGGAGACCUUCAACCUUUACUACCUGGAGACGGAGCGGACGGUGUCGGAGAGCAUCAAAGGGGUGGAGUACUGGGCCAACGCCCCCUUUCUGAAGGUGGACACCAUAGCAGCCGACGAGAGUUUCUCUCAGGUGGAUUUCGGAGGAAGGCUCAUGAAGGUGAACACAGAGGUUCGGAGUUUUGGGCCUCUGUCCAAAGGCAGAGGCUUUCACCUGGCCUUCCAGGAUCUGGGCGCCUGCAUGUCCCUCCUGGCUGUGAGAGUCUUCUACAAGAAAUGCCCCAGUGUGGUGCAGAACUUUGCGUUUUUCCCCGAGACGCUGACGGGAGCAGAGUCUACCUCCUUGGUUAUCGCCAGAGGAAAUUGCAUUCCCAACGCCGAGGAAGUGGACGUGCCCAUAAAGCUCUACUGUAAUGGAGAUGGAGAGUGGAUGGUUCCCAUCGGCAGCUGCAGCUGCAAAGCUGGUUAUGAACCAGAUAAUGGCAACGUGUGUAGAGCCUGUCCUCAGGGCACCUUUAAGUCCUCUCAGGGCGCAGGAUUGUGUCAGCAGUGCCCUCCCAACAGCCGCUCCACCAUCGAGGCCGCCACCCUCUGCGGCUGCCGCAACGGCUACUACCGCGGAGACAUGGACCGGCCCGAGGACGUGUGCACCAGUGUCCCGUCGGCUCCUCGCAACGUGGUGUCGGUGGUCAACCAGACGUCGGUGCUGCUGGAGUGGCACUCGCCCCGUGACACCGGCCACCGCGAGGACCUGACGUACAACGUGCUGUGCCGCCGGUGCCACAGCAGCGAGCGGCGCGCGUGUCAGCCGUGCGACGACGGCGUGCUGUUCUUCCCUGGCAAGCGAGGACUGACGGAGACCCGCGUGGAGAUCAGCAAGCUGCGGGCCCACACGUCCUACACCAUCGACAUCCAGGCAAUCAACGGAGUGUCCAACAAGAGCCCUUACCCCGCCCAGCAGCUGUCAAUCAACAUUACGACCAAUCAGGCUGCUCCCUCGGCGGUACCCAUAAUGCACCAAGUGAGCUCCACCAGCCGCAGCUUCUCGUUGUCAUGGCCGCCUCCUGAACAGCCCAACGGAAUCAUCCUGGACUACGAGAUACGCUACUAUGACAAGUCCCUGUCAUCGGUGCUGAACAGCUCAGUGGUCCAAAGCGAGACGACCAACGUGGUUCUGGAGGCACUGAGGCCUGGAACCAGCUACGUGGUCCAGGUGAGAGCCCGCACCGUGGCCGGCUACGGCGCCUACAGCAAGGACAUGCUCUUUCAAACGCUCACCGACGACGAGUACAAGUCCGAGCUGGGACAGCAGCUGUCUCUGAUCGCAGGCUCCUUGGUGGGCGGGGUGUGCAUCGUCUCACUGGUAGCCAUCGCCAUCAUCUGCUCCAGGAGAAGGCAGUUGAAGGAAAGCGUCUACGGGGACAAACUGCAGCAGUACAACGCAGGAGGAGAGGUGACUUUGAGGCCCGACAUGUUCAGCGGCCCCACGCCCACUGUGACGUUUCCCACCCUGUCCGAGGGUCACAGUUCGCCGGGGGUCAAGAUCUACAUCGACCCCUUCACCUACGAGGACCCGAACGAGGCCGUGCGAGAGUUCGCCAAGGAAAUCGACCCGUCCUGCGUCAAAAUAGAGGAAGUGAUCGGAUCGGGUGAGUUUGGGGAGGUGUACAAAGGCCGGCUGAAGCCCGUGGGGAAAAAAGAAAUCCCUGUAGCAAUCAAGACGCUGAAGGUGGGCUACUCUGAGAGACAAAGGCGGGACUUCCUGUCCGAGGCGUCGAUCAUGGGCCAGUUCGACCAACCCAACAUCAUCAGGCUGGAGGGCGUGGUCACCAAGAGCAGGCCGACGAUGAUCAUCACAGAGUUCAUGGAAAACGGAGCGCUCGACUCCUUUCUCAGGCAGAAUGACGGGCAGUUCCCUGUGAUCCAGCUGGUUGGCAUGCUGAGGGGCAUCGCGUCUGGAAUGAGGUACCUGGCAGAGAUGAGUUAUGUGCACCGGGACCUGGCAGCUCGGAACAUCUUGGUCAACAGCAACCUGGUGUGCAAGGUGUCUGACUUCGGCUUAUCACGGUACCUGGAGGAGGACACCUCCGACCCCACUUACACCAGCUCACUGGGUGGUAAAAUCCCAGUGCGGUGGACGGCUCCGGAGGCAAUCGCCUACAGGAAGUUCACAUCAGCUUCAGAUGUGUGGAGCUAUGGGAUCGUCACCUGGGAGGUGAUGUCAUACGGAGAGAGGCCCUACUGGGACAUGAGCAACCAAGACGUGAUAAAUGCUAUAGAACAGGACUUCAGGCUGCCCGCGCCCAUGGACUGCCCAGUGGUGCUGCACCAGCUGAUGCUGGACUGUUGGCAGAAGGACAGGAACACUCGGCCAAAGUUCUCCGACAUCGUCAGCAUGUUGGACAAAAUGAUCCGCAACCCUGCGUCUCUCAAAGCCGGCAUCAACAACGUGGCUCCCGGGCCUUCCCACCACCCCCUGCUGGACCGAGGGGCUCCGGACCUGAGCAGGGUGAGCUCCGUGGAGGACUGGCUGGCGGCUCUGAAGAUGACCCAGUACCGGGACUCGUUCCUGGGCUCCGGUUUCACCUCGCUGCCGCUCGUCACACAAAUCACAGCUGAGGAUCUUCAGAGGAUCGGAGUGUCUCUAGCCGGACACCAGAAGAAGAUCCUCACCAGUGUUCAGUCCAUGAGGCCCAACGUCGAUGACCAGUCUCCUACCGAAUCCGUGUAGUCACGCCAGCGUCAGUUCACUCUGCGUGUGAGCAGCCUUCAGUCUCCGGCCUCAGCACUCAGAACCACAUUAGAUGUUUGUGUAGUAGUCACACACAUUUACCAAAAAGUAAACCCCAGAAGAAGAAACCGAUAAAAGGCUAAAGAGGAAGAUGUGACUGAUGCAGAACUAGUGUCAGAUCAUGAUAAUUUCAUGUGAGCGUAACUAAUACAGAUGCAGGAACGUGUCACACUCAUGUGAAUGGACUCAGACUGGACCCGAACCGCGACGAGCUGCAGAACCUCCCCAGCAGGUCGUGUUAUUCUUCUCCACCACUCGAGUGUGUCGCUCCAUUUGGUUCCAGUCGACGUUUUUGAAUCCGUCUUCAUAUUGAAGAGUUUGUACAUAUUACAGGAGGUUUGUUUCCUGUUUCUUGAUUUGCUUUCACUUGGACGACUGUCACUGGAGUAUUUUGUGGUGUGAUUCUCUUCCUCUGCCUGACUCAUCACUGGAACUUUGAAGUUUCUGUGGACGGAAAAGAUUUCCUAAUUCAUUUUUUUGUACUUUCCACCGUCUUACAUAUUUCAUUCGGACAAAAGAUCAGAACACUGCAACCAAGUGCCAUCAAGAAGUCUUGUCCAGAGAAGAGGGAGCCUCACAGACUGAGUCUUCUGAAUCAGCUGCUGAGACGCACCUGUUGUGGACGCACGGCGGCGGCCAGAGAAUCUCAGAAGAAAGGAAAGGUAUUCUGGUCCAAUGUUCCUGUGAUUUGGCUGCGACGCCUGAAGCCGCUGCCAGUCAGCCUCAGCGCGGAGCCUGAGCGAGGCUCCAGCCCACAGUUCUGUCUGUCCACAGCCUGCGUUCUGUCCACGGCUCGCGUUCUGUCCACAGCCUGCGUUCUGUCCACAGCUCGCGUUCUGUCCACAGCUCGCGUUCGUCCCAACAAACGCGUCCCAUGUUCGUCAGGACUGCUGCCGUGGACGCUGCCGUCCAGACCCUGCAGCGCCGUCCUUUGUAAUAAUUCACGUUUCAUCCGGACGUCAUCGUUGUCAGCUCGUGUUUUGACAGUUGCAUUUCCUGUUUGACAUGAGCGAUUAACGCUGCAGACGAGGCGGCGGCGUGACCUAUGCAGUCACGUCUGCGGGACGCGACCUUUCCCGCGUCGGACCUUACGCAACCGCAUCCAUGAUUGAUGUCUCAGACAAGGAGAGACGCACAUGCAGAAAAAGGCCUGAUCUGCGAACUGUGGCACAAACGCUGGGAUUUGUUUUAUCCCAGUGCUGAGCAGAUUAUGAGCUGUGAAACAACAGCAGCUCAGACCUGCGCUCAGGCGCGUGCAGCCCGUUCUGAGGAUUACCCGCCAGCGCCGCAAUGAGAUUGGAUGCCGGGACUCUGAUGUCCUCUGACGGCGCCGCGCCGCCGCUCUUCACUGCUGGGACGCCCCCAAAGUCUUUCCUUUAUGAACGCUGAGACGUCCUGCAACUGUUUCCCACUUCCCACCUUUUUCUGGAAUUGCAUUCGUUGCCUGGCAACAAUAGCUUAUUGAGCAUUUUAUCAGGAAGCAUUGAGAUCAACUGGGAGCGCGUCAGUGGUUCCGAGGCAUAAUUCUUUUCUUGUAAAUAGAUUCUUGUGGAAAAGCUGCGCUGGCUGGAGGGUUUAAUAACGAGUGUGCCUAAAAGCUCAUAUUCAAUGUAUGCAGAAGAAGUGAAAUGCAGGCGGGCAUCCCAUAAUGUUACGUAGCAUCUCCAAGUGUGCUGUGUGUACUGUUUGCUGCACUUUGUCAUUCUUCUGCUAUUUAACCUGUUUCACGUGAGCUCAGACGUGUUGCUGUGAAGGCAGGAGCGAACCACAGCUCGUCUUGUAUUUAUACUGUGACGCCGUCCAAGCACAAAUGGAGGGUCGGUCCCGACGGAGCGGGGCUUUCUCCACGUUAAUGCGCAAAAUUAGAUCUUUUAUUGGUAAAUUAUGCAUUAUAUAAAAGCAUUAAUCCAAGAUAAAGUGCUUUAAGAGUUCAUGGAGCAAACAGCUUUUGAUGUUGGUUUUUAUCAAGUGCUUAUUAAAGGUUUAAUCCAGCCUAAAUCCAGCUCCUCCACAGACACGCACUGCACUCGCAGAACCUCAACGAAGGAGAUGAUGUGUUGUGAUUUUCAUCCUUUUCUACUUGAAGUUUGUAUAUAUAUAUAAGUAUAUAUAUUUGACUAUGAUGUUGAAACAGGACACUGUAGUUACUCCAGAUGGAAAAAGCCUCUCAAAAAAAUAGACGUCACAUGCAAUUGACCUGCAUUGUAGAACAAAAAUACUAAAAAAUGAAUACACAACUGAUCUCAAUACCCCAAAAAUGCGAAGGGAGUCUUUGGAUGCGUCUCCUCUGCUAUAAAGUAAAAUAUUAUUUCAUUAUUUCCCGGAAGACUCGACUCCUGUUGCUCUGCUGCGAUUGAUAGUGUAGAGGAAGUUGCAGAUGAGGGCAUGAGAAAGGGAAUAGGUAAUAAAAGGGCAGUAGGGGAAGGGGAGCGUGACGGAGGGCACGGAGGCAAAGCUUGACUCUGGUGUUUGCAUUAAAAUGAGGCUGGGUGUGGGGAGAUUACGCUCUUUUUGUCUCUGUCCCCGCUGAACGCGUCUGUCCUCGUUCUGCAGAUAAUGCCGCUCUGCUUCCAGGCAGCGCAUCCUCUCUCAUCCUCUCUCUCCUCUGACUGAGGGGCGAGCGCGUCGGUCAGGCAGCUAUUUUAGACGCUCGUCUCAGAAACCUUUCAGAAGUUGCAUCUCUUACCGACACGCUGGCAACUCCUGCACGGCUCCACACAAAGGCCCAGUGUUGAGCUUGUUCACUGUGGGUUUUCAGCGCGUCGUGUCCAAAAGCGCUGAAAGAAACUGAACAGGCAGGGAUGUGGUUUUAGCUGCUAGCCUCCGCUCCACUGAAAGAAACACACUCAAGCGUUUCUCGAGCUUCUCGUCUAUUCAUUUGCUUCCUCUUUAAUUGCCUGCUUGUGUUGAGACGGACGCUUCUCAAAUCACUGAAUAGGUUUCUUUAAAAAUAUAGAGGUUCAAGGCGCCCAGAUGCAGAAAGCAAUUUACGAUUUGUUGACUCUACUAUUUUAGGCAUCGCUGUGAAGCUAAUGGUUAAGUGUGUGUGUGCUUGUGUUUUGGUUUGACAGUCGACGAUGAGGUCACGGUUCCACAUCGGGUCUCAUCCUAAACGAGCAGGAUGUUUUACAGUAUUUAAACCUGAUCUUUGGGUUCAGAGCAGCCCUCUUGUGUUUGUGCAUAAAGUAAACGCCGUGAAACUGGUUCAGUGAUGGAUUCAACAGGCAGCUGCCGCCUUUCCCAUGAUGCGAGGGAGCGACACAUGUGGAAGAAGCCAGUAGUUUGACCAGAGGUGGAAUAGGAACGGACGUGUCCAUGAGGUCACUGGUUACCUGUUACAUUAUAUCCAGUGAGUGGAGUCACCACAUACUGUACCUAAACUAAACAUUGGCCUGAAAGCAUCUGCAUCGGGCUGAGAAGGAGCCCAGCAUCAUCUGUGUUUUUUAUGUGAGUUUAAACUGAUGCAAAAAGAGUUUCUUUUCAGUGUCUUGUCAAACAAGAAUAAAUGAAAAGGGUUUUCUUUUUUUAAUUCCUUCCUUUCGUAUUGCUUGCCAUUCUUUGGGUAUGUACUCUACGAUUUCUCUUAAAAAAAACAAUCAGUAAUCAGUUGUCGUCUGCCUUUCUCUGUUAACUGCGAUACUGUUAUAGGUGUUACUGCUCGUAUAGUCAGAGCACUGUAAUGUAUUAUACUACUGUAACAUAAAGGGAGUAUGCGCACGCCUGUGCAUUUUUGUGUGUGUGUGUGUAAUAUAGUGUGUGUGUGUGCGUGUGUGCUGUUCAGUGUACAGUAAAAUGUUUGUACAUGUGAGUUUGUAGCCGUUGACUUUCUGACUCUUACAUUUACAAUGCACACUGUUUGUCAAUAAAGAAGACAAAUCAAUCAAA